UUCACUUUCAAACUCAGUAAAUGCUGCAAGAGGAAAGCACAUUUAUCAGUGUGGAACAACAGACUUAAAAAAAAAACUUGCUAGAAAAGGCUGUGAUCAAACUGCAGCUAUUUUAUAUCCAGAAGUAGUAGCUGGGCAUCUUGAGAAAAUGAAAUAAUUGUUUUUUAAGGUCUAUCUGGACAAAGCAUGAGGAUUUCAGAAGGACAGACCACACCUUAAACACCAUGAAACGUCUCAGAAGGAUCAAUCAGAUCAAGUUACACAGAGAUGAAGGGUCUUUCAAUCUGUCACAGCUCCAGAGCCAGCUCCUCUCUACUUGAUUUUAUCAUUUUCUUCAUGACAUUUUAUAUUCACAAUCUGGAAUCAGCUCGGUUCACAGUGAUUGGACCUGAUCAGCCUGUCACUGCCAUUGUGGGUGAGGACACUGUGUUACUCUGUCACCUGUCCCCCAAGAUGAGCGCUGAGAACAUGGAGGUGAGAUGGUUCCGGUCUGAGUUCACUUGGUUUGUGCACCUGUAUCAGCAUGGGAAGGAUGAGUAUGAGCAGCAGAUGCCAGAAUAUCAUGAAAGGACAGAGCUUUUGAAAGCUGGCAUCAUGGAUGGGAACGUUGCCUUGAGGAUUGUGAAUGUCAGACCCUCUGAUGAAGGAGAGUACCGCUGUUUUGUUCAAGAUGGUGUAUUUCAUGAAGAAGCAGUAUUGGAACUGAUGGUAGAAGCUUCAGGCUCUGCACCUCAAAUCUCUGUUGAGGGUUAUCAGGAUGGAGGGAUCCGAAUGGUGUGUCAGUUGGCUGGAUGGUACCCAGAGCCCGAGGUGCUGUGGCGAGAUCGCAGUGGGCAGCUUUUAUCUUCCUCGACUAAAACAAAAUCCAAAGAUGGACGUGGGCUCUUUGAAAUAAAAAGUUCUAUCAUUAUAACAGAAAAUUCAAACCAGAAUUUAUCCUGUUCUAUAAGGAACUCUUACUUCAGCCUAGAAAAGGAACCCUCAACUUUUUAUAUAUCAGAUUUCUUUUUCCCAAGAAUGUCUCCUUGGCCGGUGGUUUGCAGUGUGACUCUGGUGAUUUUGUUGGUGUUCAUCAGCCUUACUCUUUUUCUCUUCAAAUUAAGAGGGAAACAUCUUGACACUAUCAGUAAACUUCAAGUAGAUCUAGAGUGGAGGAGAUCCCUAAGCAAUGCAGUGAAUGUGACUCUGGAUCCAGACACGGCUCAUCCCGACCUCGUCCUGUCUGAGGGAGGGAAAUGUGUGAGAUGGGGAGACACGUGGCAGCGACUGUCCAACAACCCUGAGAGAUUUAACUAUUGGGAAUGUGUGCUGGGCUGUGAGGGAUUCACCUCAGGGAGACAUUGCUGGGAGGUGGAGGUGGGGGGUGGGGGAUGCUGGGCUGUGGGUGUGGCCAGAGAGUCUGUGAGGAGGAAGGGAGGGAUCAGCCUCAGCCCUGAGGGGGGGAUCUGGGCUGUGGAGUGGGAUUGGUGGAAGGAUCAGUUCCGGGCUCUCACCUCCCCUGUGACCCCCCUGCCCGUGAGCCGGGCCCCCAGCAGGAUCCAGGUUUGUCUGGACUGUGACCGGGGGCAGGUGACAUUUAUCGAUGCUGGUGACGAGGCCUCGAUCUUCACUUUCCCGCCGGGCUCCAUCCCUGGGGAGAGAAUCCGACCCUGGCUCUGGCUGGGGUCACUGGGAUCCCAGCUCAGACUGUGUCCCUGAGACACGCAGCAGAGGAGGGAAUCGGAAAUCAGCCUCUCUAGCCUCAUGGACCCCAGUCUCUAUGAUCUUGGAGGACUCCCAUCUGCCCAGCCUCUGGUGCCUCAUCUCUAUGGCCCCUGAAGCACCUCCCCCUCCCUGCAGUCCCAGGAGACAGAGGGGGAAGAACCCCUGGGGUUGCAGGGAGACAUGCUGGAUGGGGGUAGCACUAACAGCUGAGCAGGAGACAGGCAGAUGUGGGGGUGGCAGGGACACAGAAUUAAUCAAUCAGGGUUGGGGGAGCUGGGGAGAAGCUGGAAGCUCCGCAGCAGCAAGGAGCAUUUUGUGCAGAUCUGUGGAUUAGAUCUCACUGACGCAGCAAGAGGGGAAAGGAUAAUGAAUGGAGGGGAAUGAAUGGAGCAGCCAAGAGGGAUGAUCUGUGACAGGGAGGGGAGGAGAGUGAAAGAGACACAGGAA